GUACAGUGUAGUGCGAUUCUUGAGUCAGCUGGGUGCAGGUGGAGGUGGAGGUGGAGGUGCAGGUGGAAGUGCAGGUGGAAGUACAGACGCUUCUCUCUUGACAGUUUCCCGGUGUGGCGUCUUUGCUCCCUGAAGGCGUCGAUCGAUUUUUCACCGCUUCUCAAGUGCGAUGCCGAUGCGUGACUCCUGGCAAUGCGACUUUGCGCCAGGAUUGACGCUCAGAAUGAACAGUGCAGGAAGCUGUGACAGCGUGAUUAGCAUCAACUCGGGCUACAGUGACGACAGUAUGGAGCAUCUAUCUGCCGAAGAGCGUGCAUGUCUCAUGUUCUUGGAGGAAACAAUCGAAUCUUUGGAGACAGAGGACGACAGUGGCGUGUCAAAUGACGAACCAGACCAUCUGCCUCACAAUCUGACAAAUAAGACGGCUCAUCUUGGGUCUGUUAGUCAAGUUAAACCAGAAGAAUUCUCAGUCCAUGAUGACCCUAAAAAACUUUUGGGAAAAGAACAUAAAUCCAACAAAUUACUUGUUCCAACACCACUAGUUUUAGCCAAUGGAAAUAGCAAAUUACUGCAAAAAAAUGGUUCCUUCACUGGUGAACAAAAGCCAGCUAUACUGCCCAAUGCAGCUAAAACCGCUGCGUUAAACUCUCACAAGUCUUCAGCGCUACUGACUUCUGCAGAUUUAACUACUAGAUCAUCUCCAAAUCCUGGGAGACAUAAACCAGAAGCGAACCCAUACAGAGAGAUGAAUAACCUACCACCUUCUUUUAUACCCGAGCCUCCGGUCAGGUCUGACCCUCCAACUGGUGCUCCAGCCAAAGACAACCCUCCUAAGAGUAACUUUGAUCCGAAGCCCGAUAAGAAGCUUAAGAGUGAUUUAUCCAAAAUGUCGAUGGAGCUGCUUCCUCCACCUUCAGACUUUAUGGAUGAACCAGUACUCCUUCCUCCUGCUCUACCAGCAGAACAAAGCCAACCCCAAAGGCUUUCUUCACAGCUUGCACCUCAGGUCCAACCACAGCCUUGUCAAAAUGAAAGCUUGCCAACUGCCCCUCCUCUGGGUUUUGACGAACAUAUCAAAACGCCAGUAACAUCAUUGUCGACGUCCCCAAGAGGACAGCUGUCCCCAAAUGAACUAGACAAGUUGCGUAAAAAAGCAUCACUAAAAAAAGUCCCUGAAAAAUUACCAGUGGUUCAAGUAAAAUCUGACCAUAACGUAUCAGACCAGGCAAAUUCUCCAACCUUUGGUACAGAUCACAGUGCAGUCACUGGAUUGGAAUAUGGAGAACCUAAAAGCCCACCUACUGUGGCACCCAAACCAAAAAAACUGCCGUCCAGCAUUGUCCUAAAAAGCCACAAAGAUGCAACCCCAGGUCAUACACUCGUUUCACCAGGUGACCGUAUGAUGAUCAACAAACAGAAGAUUCAUCAGGAAGCUCUAAAGAAACUCGGCUUGCUGAAAACUGAGGAGAUCAACUCUGGUCUCUGCUCCAGUCCACCACACAAGACCCCUCUACAGACUUCCUUUAACACAAGCAAUUCUCCAGAUUCUACUGUGCUGGUCCAUGGUGAUCACCAAACAAUCGUUGAGGCACAAGGAAGAACAUAUUUUUCAUUUUUGCCCGUGCACCCUGAAAAAGGAGAACGAGAAAAUCUCUUGGUCACAAGGGAAAGUCCAAAACCCUUCGAAAUGAAGUCGGCAUCUAUGGAGCGCUCUGGCGUCGGUCUGAAAAGCCUCACACUCGAGAAUCCAUCACAUCUAACAAGCCAAGAAGAGAGUCCAGAGAAUGUGGUGCUUCCUCAAGGACUUCAGCAAAAUAAUCAUUCUCGAAAUGCUUCCAUGGAUUGCUGGAAGGACUUUAGCCAGAUGCCUUCUGAACCAAUCAGAGGAUCAGAACUCAGAAGAUCUUUACCCAUCCCUGCUCCAUUACCGGCACAGUCGAAGCCUGAGCCCCAGAAGCCUCUUCGGUCACAUGGCAUCAGUGUGGUCAUCUCCCCACAGAGCAACAAUGGUGAGGACCGCAAGCAGGCGCUGAGGAGAUUGGGAUUGAUCAAAGAAUAAUGUGCAAAAAAACGACAGACCUGAAAAUGAUAACUUUGCAAAACAGGAACAAUUAUCUAGGAUUAGUGUAUAUCUUUUACUUUCUGAUCAUUAGAUUGGAAUAGGGAGGCUGUGGUGUAGCACAGACACGGGUUUUCAUUCCCGGUCCGGGUAAACCCCUUGCCCUGUGAAACGGCUAACUGACACUGCUUUUUAACUCGGGUGGUUGUGUUGGAGCAGAGACAACACUGCGGUGGUGGACAGUAUGGAAGUAAAUGUAACUUCCGUUUUUU